AUGCACGCAUUUUUAAAAACUGGUAAGUUGGGACCAGGAGAUAUAAAAAAACCCACAACUUCUAAGUCUAAGGAAGGAAAAGCCGGCCCAGCACCUCCAUGGGUUGAAAAAUACCGCCCAAGAACCGUCGAGGACGUCGUCGAGCAAAAUGAAGUAGUGGAAGUACUGCGACAAAGUAUGUCCGGAGGUGACUUUCCAAAUCUUCUAUUUUAUGGACCACCUGGUACUGGUAAGACAAGUACAAUUCUCGCAGCUGCUAGACAACUGUUUGGAAAUAUUUAUAAAGACCGUAUUUUGGAACUUAAUGCUUCGGAUGAACGUGGAAUCCAAAUUAUCAGAGAUAAGGUCAAAUCAUUUUCGCAACUAACAGCAUCUGCCACUCGACCAGACGGAACUCCUUGCCCACCUUUCAAAAUCAUCAUACUAGACGAGGCAGACAGUAUGACGGAUGCAGCGCAAUCAGCACUGCGUCGUACAAUGGAGAAGGAAUCCCACAGCACUCGGUUCUGCUUAAUUUGUAAUUACGUAUCUCGCAUCAUCGGGCCUCUGACUUCCCGUUGCACCAAGUUCCGGUUCAAACCGCUUGGUCAGGAAAAAAUAAUAGAGCGAUUAGAGCACAUUUGCAAGGAAGAGAAUCUAGUUACUGAUAAGUACGUACUAACGAAGUUGGUUGAUGCGUCAGGAGGAGACUUGCGUAAAGCAAUCACUUCUCUGCAAUCUGUUACGAGACUCAAAGGAAAAGACGUUGAGAUAACUGUUGAUGACGUUGUUGAAGUUACCGGGGUAGUACCAGAUAGAUGGCUGAACAGAUUGCUGGAAGUCUCCCAAGGAAAAGAUUUUAGUAAAGUUGAGGAUUUUGUUGAUGAAUUUUUGCUGGAAGCUUAUUCUACUUCUCAGCUUAUUGAACAGCUAAAUGAUAGAAUAAUUGUAUCGGAUGAUUUUUCUGAUAAACAAAAAGCAGUAAUUGGAGAAAGACUUGCUCAAUGCGCGUACAGAUUACUUGAAGGUGGAAGUGAAUAUAUACAACUUAUAAAUUUAUGCUGUGUUAUUAUGCAAGCUAAUCAACGGCGUUGA